CUCUCUGAUAUUAGGAAGAUCAUAAACAAUCAGGGCAUAGUUUUGAAGCAGACUCAAUCCUCUGAUCAGCCUCAGAUUGGGAAAAAGUUUUCCCAAAGAAGUCAAAUGUUUCAGCUUGUACAACAAUACAAACCCGGUAACUUUUUGUAGUUCCGGAAACACAUACGGCUCAUAAUCGAUUUCGCUUUUAGUAUUCUCCAAAAGUACUAUCAUCAAAUCGCCAAUAAUUUCGGUACAAUUUUUCAGUUUGUUAAGAUUUUGUACGUGAUUCCGUACGUCGAUCGAGUUGCAAAUUUUAGCGUCCGCGAGAAAUAAUAACGUUAGCACGCAAAUCACUAUCGUAGAAGAGAUAAAGUAGUUUUUUAUUAAUUGAAACAUCGUGGUGGUAGAGGCUAUCUAAACCUUUCGAGCGAUAGCGUCGUCAGUUUCCUUUUAACUGCGGCGCGAGUCUUCAUAUUUUUCGAAUGUUUCCGAGCGCACGUUCCACGGCAAACUGACGACAGAAGGCCACGAGGAAUCAAAACGAAAUCGAAAUUGAGUGUUUCGGUUUUGAACCAGGGACGUUUGCAUAGUAAAAGUGUGCGCGUAGUGUUUACGUUUUUUAAGAUUCCCCUCGCGGAAAAAUUUCAUACAGAAAAUGUCGAUAAAAUUUGGCAUCCUCACUGUUAGCACAACAUGCUCUCAACAUCCAGAAAAAGAUGAAGCAGGGCCCAAAUUGGAAAAAGAAAUACUGUUGGAGUUUUCUAAAAGUCUUGUAAGCUACAAGAAAAUUGUUACGGAUGACUUGGCAGCUAUUAUUCACGAAUUGGAAUUUGUGACCACUAACUGUGUAUGUGAUGUUUUAUUUACGGUUGGUGGUACUGGAUUUGCACCUAGUGAUGUUACUCCGGAAGCUACCAAGGCUGUUAUUGAUAAAGAAGCGCCAGGUUUGACGUAUGCAAUGAUUUCAAAGAGCUUGGCGGUCACAGAUAUGGCCAUGUUGUCCAGAUCAGUCUGCGGAAUUAAAAACCAAACAGUAAUAAUCAACUUUCCUGGCAGCUCCAAAGCGGCAGUGGAAUGUUUUCGAUUCAUCAAAUCUUCUAUUUUACACGCAGUUGCUCUUAUCAAAGACAGUAUUCGAGAAGUGGAGACGAAACAUGCGGAGAUACAGUGCAAUUUUGAUAGGAAUCUGUCAGAAGAAAGCAAGGUGAAAAUCAAAGUAGGCGAAUCACGGAUUCGAAAAUCUCCCUUUCCAAUGUUGGAAGUGUCCGAUGCGAAAAACAUUGUGUUCAAAACAGUUUCAGUCAUUCAAGAUACUGAACUAAUACCAAUUGAAAAGGCAGCAACUCGAAUUUUGGCCGAGGACGUUAUAGCACCAAAACCGGUCCCAGCUUUUCCAGCAUCUAUUAAAGACGGUUACGCGGUAAGAGCCGAAGAUGGCGCAGGAUUUAGAGUGGUAGAAUAUUCAACUGCUGCUGGAGACGGCCUAAAGCAUCCAGCAUUGCAACGUGGCCAGAUUGUUCGAAUAUCUACGGGCGCUCCUCUGCCACCCGGAGCCGAUGCUGUGGUUCAAGUUGAAGAUACAACCCUAAUUGAUGUAACUGAUAACGGGGAUGAAGAGCUGAUGGUCGAAAUAAAUGUCGAACCCAAAGUUGGUCAAGAUAUAAGACAAAUAGGAAGCGAUAUUGAAGCAAACACUGUUGUUUUCGAGAAACAGGCUGCAAUCACUCCUGCUUAUAUCGGCGUUCUGGCAAUGUUGGGAAUCUCAAAAGUGAAAGUAAUUAAAAGGCCAACUAUUGGAAUUAUUUCAACUGGAAGCGAAUUGGUGAGCUCGAAAGAUACUUUAAGGCCUGGACAAAUUUACGAUAGUAAUAAAGUGACUUUAAUCGCUUUGCUAAGCAAUUAUGGCUACGAAGCUAAAGAUUGUGGCAUUGCAAACGACACACCAAACAGUCUGAAAGCGGUGCUGGAAAAUUCUUUUGAUACAUGUGAUUUCAUCAUUUCGUCCGGAGGUGUUUCUAUGAGCGAGUACGAUCUCGUCAAACAAGUACUGGUAGAAGACUUUGGUGCCAAAAUACAUUUUGGUCGUUUGAAUAUGAAGCCAGGAAAGCCCACCGUAUUUGCCACGUUGACUUAUCGAGAAAAAUCGAAAAUUGUAUUUUCCCUUCCCGGAAAUCCGGUAUCUUGCUGCGUUACAAGCUUGUUGUUUGUCCUGCCCGCAUUACGCUACAUAGAAAACAGCAAGAACUACGAAGAAUUUCCUAAUGUUAAUGUGAUUCUGGAACAUUCUAUUGUCAACAGAGAUCUCCGGCCUGAAUAUGUCCGCCUCAAAGUAUACAGGGAUGCCCAAAAUCAAUUAAUAGCAAAAUCGACUGGAAAUCAAAUAAGUAGCCGUUUGAAUAGUAUGGUCGAUGCAAAUGCUUUGCUGUGCGUUCCAGGCAAUUCUAGUUUUGAAACGGGAACCGUCAAACCUGUACAACUAUUUACACAAAUAUUUUAAAUGGAUAUAAUUUGAUCAGCUUUAUUUGGUGUGGGUUUAAUAAAUGUAACAGCGGUAUUUGUUCUGUUUUAUUAAGUAUAUUUUUCCAAAACAAUUAAUAAAUUCAUAUUUAUGAUUCUAUAGCUAUAGGAGCAGUAAUGAUCACAGAAAUAUUCUAUCAACAACAACCUUAAAUGAAUAGGAAUAUUCCGAAUAAUUUACAAAUUUACCAGUGAUUUUCCAAUGAAUUAUGAAUAUUCGUGAAGCAUUAUUUAUAUUAUUCAAGAAAUAUUCCUGUUACAAGCUACAACUAAACUAAAAAUAAAUAUUGUCCCAUAAAAGAGCUUUCAACUGCUCAAACAAACUCAAGUUUUAUAAAAAAAAUACCUAUUCUUGCAUCAAAUGCCUAUAAUUUUUACAUUUUUCACAAGCUGCUAUUAUUUUGUAAACUCAUCUUCAAAAUAUUUGCAGUUACCGAUAACAAACGAAAUUGUUGCACUCGAUUCUUCAACUGCGACUGCAAAUGUUCCUUUUCAUCUUCCAAAUUUGAAAUGUCCUUUUUCAAAUUAUGAACUUCCUCCGUCAACUGCCUACAAGAUUGUCCUUCGUUUACUGUUUUAACUAUCAAGUUACGAUCAAUACGAUACUUUUUAAUGAUUUUAGCUUCGCCAAGAAACUUUUCUUGCUUUUCAAUGUCCUUCAAAACAAGUUCUUUUUUAGCUCGAUAGUUGUCAUGCAUGGCACGAUAUGUUUUCAACUGCCGUUUGUAGCAGCGCAUCCUUAAAUUCAUUCUUUUUUUGUAAAGUUCCAAACGAUUCAGUUGUGCCAACAUGCUAUUGUAUCCUGCUUCGCAUUCGGUGGGAGAUUUACUGGACUUUGCCCAAAUGGCAAGUUGUUUCACGAAGACAUUGAGUCGUUGGUCUUCUCCAGAGCCUUCUCCGUCCAGAAGAAGUUUUCUUUCGAUAAUGA